AGUGUGUAUCUCUCCCCCAGGUGAAGAUUUCGUGAUGUGUGACAUAGAGAACGGAGGUGUACUGGGCAGCAAGAAGGGAUGUAAUCUGCCCGGCACCGCUGUGGAUCUGCCCGCUGUCUCAGAGAAGGACAAACAGGAUCUGCAGUUUGGUGUGGAGCAGGGGGUAGACAUGGUGUUUGCUUCGUUCAUCCGAGACGCGGCCGGCAUCAAGGAAAUCCGCAAGAUUCUGGGACCCAAGGGAGCCAACAUCAAGAUUAUCUCCAAGCUGGAGAACCAUCAGGGCAUUCACAAUUUCAUGGAGAUCCUGGAAGAGACAGACGGAGUGAUGGUUGCCCGUGGCGACAUGGGUAUCGAGAUCCCACCAGAGAAGGUCUUCCUGGCGCAGAAGAUGAUGAUUGGCUGCUGCAACCGGGCGGGAAAACCUGUCAUCUGCGCCACACAGAUGUUGGAGAGCAUGACAAAGAAGCCGCGGGCCACCCGGUCCGAGUCGAGCGACGUGGCCAACGCUGUUCUGGACGGGGCCGACUGUGUCAUGUUGUCGGGGGAGACCGCCAAGGGAUCUUACCCACUGGAGACUGUGCGCCACAUGCACAAAAUCGGCGUACCUACUCUCUGCCUACCGGCCCCGCUGCCCCAUCCUGGAGGUGACCCGCAACGUGCAGACUGCCAGACAGGCUCAUCUCUACAGGGGCAUCUUCCCCAUCUACUAUAACGCCCCCAAGAUGAACGAGUGGACGGCGGACGUGGACAGACGUAUCUGGAAGGCCAUCAGUGUGGGCAUGGAGAGAGGACUCAUCAAGCCAGAGGACCCUGUUGUGAUCCUGACUGGCUGGAAGCCCGGCUCCGGAGCCACCAACACCAUGCGUAUCGUGGCCGCACAGGACGGGGGUGACAAGGACCUUCUGCCGCCCAUCGUGGGCAUGAGUUCUGUCCCUUCCUUCAACGCCAAGGGCAAGGAACUCUCCGAGGAUCUCUCCACCGUCUCCAUCUCCUCCGAGGCUGAGAAUGUCAAGUUUUUCUAAAUAUAUCUCCCUAUCUCCCACACCCCGCCCCCAAUCCUCCCCUCCACUCCCUGAUGAAAAUGGCCAGUCUUUCUAAAUAUCCCCCCUUGAAAAUGUCCAGCUUUUUAAAAUA